CUGGAGCUGUCUCCCUAGCCAGGCCCUGCGCCGCCAGAGGAUGGCCUCGCUCGGGCCGGCCGCUCCGGGCGAGCAGGGCCCGGGGGCUGAGGCGGAGUCGGGCGCCGCGGCGCCGGCGUCGCCAUCGUCUCUGGGGCCCCUGCUCCCCCUGCAGCGCGAGCCGCUCUACAACUGGCAGGCGACCAAGGCGUCGCUGAAGGAGCGCUUCGCCUUCCUCUUCAACUCGGAGCUGCUGAGCGAUGUGCGCUUCGUGCUGGGCAAGGGCCGCGGCGCCGCGGCCGCCGGGGGCCCGCAGCGCAUCCCCGCCCACCGCUUCGUGCUGGCGGCCGGCAGCGCCGUCUUCGACGCCAUGUUCAACGGCGGCAUGGCCACCACGUCGGCCGAGAUCGAGCUGCCCGACGUGGAGCCCGCCGCCUUCCUGGCGCUGCUGAGAUUUCUGUAUUCAGAUGAAGUCCAGAUCGGCCCCGAAACAGUUAUGACCACUCUUUAUACUGCUAAGAAAUAUGCAGUCCCAGCCUUGGAAGCACAUUGUGUGGAAUUUCUCACCAAACAUCUUAGGGCAGAUAAUGCCUUUAUGUUACUUACUCAGGCUCGAUUAUUUGAUGAGCCUCAGCUUGCUAGUCUUUGUCUAGACACAAUAGACAAAAGCACAAUGGAUGCAAUAAGCGCAGAAGGGUUUACUGAUAUUGAUAUAGACACGCUCUGUGCAGUUUUAGAAAGAGACACACUUAGCAUUAGAGAAAGUCGACUUUUUGGAGCUGUUGUACGAUGGGCAGAAGCAGAAUGUCAAAGACAACAAUUGCCGGUGACUUUUGGAAACAAACAGAAAGUUCUAGGAAAGGCACUGUCCUUGAUCCGGUUCCCACUGAUGACCAUUGAGGAGUUUGCAGCAGGUCCUGCUCAGUCUGGAAUUUUGUCAGAUCGUGAAGUGGUAAAUCUCUUUCUUCAUUUUACUGUCAAUCCUAAACCCCGAGUUGAAUAUAUUGAUCGACCAAGAUGCUGCCUCAGAGGGAAGGAAUGCUGCAUCAAUAGAUUCCAGCAAGUAGAGAGCCGCUGGGGUUACAGUGGAACCAGUGACCGAAUCAGGUUCACAGUUAAUAGAAGAAUCUCUGUAGUUGGAUUUGGUUUAUAUGGAUCUAUUCAUGGUCCCACGGAUUAUCAAGUGAAUAUACAGAUCAUUGAAUAUGAAAAAAAACAAACCCUGGGACAGAAUGAUACCGGAUUUAGUUGUGAUGGGACUGCUAACACAUUCAGGGUCAUGUUCAAAGAACCUAUAGAGAUCCUGCCCAACGUGUGCUACACAGCAUGCGCAACACUCAAAGGUCCAGAUUCCCACUAUGGCACAAAAGGACUGAAGAAAGUAGUGCAUGAAAUACCUACUGCUAGCAAGACUGUUUUUUUCUUUUUUAGUUCCCCUGGCAAUAAUAAUGGCACUUCAAUAGAAGAUGGACAAAUACCAGAAAUAAUAUUUUAUACAUAAUGUAGCAUUAUAACACCUCUUGGCUAAAUAGUAGCAUACAGUCUAGUCUCAAAGGCAUAAAAAACUGGCCACAAAAAGGAGUUCGAGUGUUAUGAAUAUUUAUAAUUGUAAGAUAAGAAACAUUUUAGUUUCUUAGAGGAGACAGAAAAAUGUUGAUUUAAAUCUCUGCAUGAUUUAAAGGCAGAUUUCCAUUUUCUUAUAACCUUAAUUAAGGGAAAAGAGAACUGGGUUUAAUUAUUAAAAAAACACAGCGGUUUCAGCUUUAUCUUGUAUAAUUUCAUAGAUCAGCUGACUCAUGGUCUUUCAACAGUUUUAUAAUUGAAAGAUUCUUGUUAUAUAUAGCUAGUUUGUUUUUGUUUUAACUAUUUUGAAGGUUAGCUGAGAUGGGCAUAUAGGCUUAACUAUUUUGAAGGAUACAUGAGAUCAGAUGGGUCAGUUUUCCUACAGAUUUCUUAUCAACUCAAAUAACUAAUUUCAGAAAAUUAAGAAAACUGACUUUAUUUUUGCAGUUUUGAAAUAUCUGGUUGUUAGCAUUUGGAAUAGUGCUAGAAAUAGGCCUAAUAAAUGCUCGAGAAAAUUUUCAAUGCAUUUACAGAAAAGGAUAUUUUGUAAUAGUAUAGUAACGUCUUACAUAGUACAGUUUUAAACUAUAGAUGGAGUUUAUACAAAUUCACAAUAAUGUGAUAUAUAAACAAAGAUCUAAAGGUAUAGUCUAAGACUGGAUUCUUUAUCAUUAAACUGCACCACUAUAGCUGUCUAUCUGUAUGGGGGAUGCUGCCAAGAAUUCCCAAGAGUGAGAUGAUGAUGGUGACCGGGUAAACAGACAUCAGUUCAACACUGUGGUGAUAAUCUUACACAGCAAGUAACGGAAUAAAGUAUUAAAAUUUCUCACAAC